AUGAUGUUUGAUGCGAUCUGGAGCCUGCAGACCCUAAAGUGGCUGCUCAUAGCGAGCGUACCCGUCUGGAUCAUCGCCGACGGUCUCUACAGCCUCUUCUGGCACCCUCUCCGGAAGUAUCCCGGACCCUGGUAUUGCGCGGUCUCGCGACUGCCCAUCGCGUACAAGAAUGCUUCGGGUCGCUACUACAAGUGGGCCGACGGGCUGCACAAGAAGUACGGCCCUGUCGUGCGCACGAGCCCGAGCGAUCUGAGCUUCACCAACCCGGAGGCGUGGAACGAUAUCUUCAGCCACCGCCCGCAGUUGGCCAAGACGCCGUUUGCGUACCCUCCGGCCAGCGCGGACCUGCCGGAUACCAUCAUGACGGCGGGCGACGCGUACCAUGCUCGGCUUCGUCGCAGCGUCGCCGCGGGGUUCAGCUACAAGGCCAUGGACGAGGUCGAGCCCAUUAUUCAGGGCCGCAUUGAUGAGAUGGUGGCGGCGCUGCGCCAUGACUGCUCUCAAGGGUCGCAGAACGUGCGGCAGUGGAUCACUUGGACCAUCACGGACAUCAUCGGAGACCUCGCGCUGAGUACCGACUUUGAGUGCAUCAAGGAGCGGCGCCACCACCCAUGGACAGCGGCCAUCUUCCCGAAUCUCAAGGGUAUCAUGCUGCUGAAUCAGUUGCGACGUCUCGGCCUCUCCACUCCUGUCGGCGCCCUGCUCAGUACCAACGCUGCAAAAAGAGCAAGGGAUAAGAUCAGGCUAUUUACCGUGGAUCAUGUACAAGCCCGUCUUGCGCGAGAGCGUACAGAAGAAGGCAAGCAAACCAAGGAUCUGUUGGGUAUGAUUGUUCGCGAUCCAGAGAAUCAAAAGGACCCCUUGAGCGAUCCAGAAAUUGCGGCGCUUUCGCUGACUCUCGUCAUCGCCGGCAGCGAGACUACGACGACAGCGCUGGCCGGCAUGAUGUAUUAUCUGACCAAGUCACCUCGAGUGCUGAAGAAGUUGACAGAAGAAAUCCGCACGGCGUUCCCAACAGCUGCAGAUAUUACAACGAAGAACGCGGUGAAGCUGAGAUAUCUCAAUGGAGCGGUCGAAGAAGCUCUGCGGCUCUUCAUCCCGGCGCCUAGUUUGCCGCCCCGGAUUGUGCCAAAGAGUGGCCAUAAGAUAGGCGGCGAGUGGAUUCCCGGCGGUACUGGCGUCACUAUUGCCAACUACCACAACUCACACUCCGAUGAAUUCUUCGACAAUGCAUCCGAUUUCCGACCGGAGCGCUGGAUAGACGGUGGUGAGGGCAGCCACACGAAACGACACGUCAAGAACGCGUACUCGGCGUUCAGUGCUGGGCCGCGCAACUGCGUGGGCAAGACGCUCGCCUUGACAGAGAUGCGGCUGCUUACAGCCAAGCUAUUGUGGCAUUUUGAUAUGGAGUUAGAUGGUCCACAUGAUGGCUGGCUCGAAACCGCGCGUUUCUACGUGAGUACUUCGUGCCUUCUUCGGUUUCCUCUAGCAACACGGUGA